AUGUGUCCAACGUGGAAGCAUUUGCCGACGGGUCAGCCUAUGGGUGAGCUCAUGUUCAACGCGAUAAAGGACUUGGGAGCUGAGAUUGCGGCGUACAUGGAGUCUCUUUCUGUGCGGGACAAAUUCACAGGCUCUGAGGGUCGCCCGAAAGGCAGCGGCAUGCCCAAUUUUAUCUUCUACGCUACCCCAAGGACUGCCUUCAAUCGUAUGGUUGAUGUCUUCACCCUGGGAGGACGCCUGAUCGAGCCGGAAAUGGACCGCGCCAUUGAAACCCUCCGAAUUCUCUGGUCCGCUCGACCCACAGACGAUGAGGAUAUUUCACCUCAGAACCCGCAUCGGUGCGCGGGAGUCAUGUUCAAGUUCGAGAUCUGGCCGGGUGCUAAGGGACCAGUGCCUAAGAUUUACCUGCCCGCCGCUUAUUAUGGCAAGCCAAACCUAGAGAUUGCGGAGGGGAUGGAUGUCUUCAAAAGUCAGGGAUGGGACCAACCGUUCCACUCAUACAAGCAGAAUUUUGUCAAAGCCUUGUAA